GCCUGGUGCGAGGCAUGGCGGGGGUGAUGCUCUGCGAGCCCACCGAGCUCUACAACAUCCUCAACCAGCACCGCCGCUUCCCCAGGCUGUCCGAGCCCAACUACCUUAUCCUGCUGGAUGCCCGCACUCUUCAUGAGUACAAUGAAAGCCACAUCAUUACAGCACGCAGGAUUGAACAGGAACUCAACAACUUCCAGCCGUACCCUGUAGAAAUACUGCCUGGAAAGUUAUACAUGGGCAAUUUCAAGCAGGCCUGCGACCAACAAAUUCAGAAAGAUUUGAAGAUCAAAGCACGAGUCAACAUUUCUGAACAGCCUGCAACGCUGUGGGCAGAAGAAGGCAAAUACCUCCAUAUAUCUGUUCCAGAUUCACUUGAAGCAGAUCUUUUUUCUUCCUUUUCGACAAUUUGUCAUUUCAUUGACACCCAGCUGGAUCUCGGAGCAGUGCUGGUGUUCUCUAGCCUGGGGAUAAGCCGGAGCAGCACAGUAACCAUGGCCUAUCUUAUGCAUUCCUUCCAGUUUUCCCUGAAGAAAGCUUGGAACCACGUUCUGAAAUGCAAAACAAACGUGAGACCACACCGGGGUUUUGUGAAACAGCUUUCAGACUGGGAGGCUCAAAUCUAUGGGACCACCAUCACUGAUGUCUCUGAACCCAAUUACUGAGCAGGGGAAAGGAUGGUUCUUUGUCUGCCCCACUGCCUCCUCUGUAGGUAGAAAGUGAACUCAACUCUGUUGACAUUGCUGUUAUAUAAUUUUUUAUAAGUUUUUAUCUUCAGCUUUAAUAAAUGGAGUCCAUAUUUGGAGCUGUUAGGGAUGCUGGUAAGGAUGUGGGCUUGGGGAGAGCAAGACCUGCAGGCUAUGGCCCACUGCACAGCUUGCCUCUCCUGUAAGUUAGGGGGCUUGUGGCCACAUUACUGGGCAUUCUCUCUGCCCCAGCUAGGGAGGUUGUUGGGGUUCUCUCUGAAGAGAUUUGUAGAAUCAUUAAGAUUGGAAAUAGACCUCUAGGAUAUCAGUCCAACGUCCACCUCCCAGCAGCACUGCCCACUGCCCGCGUCCCUCGGUGCCACAUCCCCACAGCUCUGGAGCAUCUCCAGGGAUGGUGAACCCCCUCCCCAUGCAGCUGUGCCACUGCAGCACCGCUCUUUGGAGAGGAAAUUGUUCCUCAUAUCCAACCUGAACGUCCCCUGGUGCAACCUGAGGCCAUCACCUCUCGUCCUACUGAGAAAGUUCACUGACCCAUGGCCUUGGAUGGCAGAUGUGGAGUGUGGACUUGCAGCCCAGGGACACACCGCA